GCCCAGUGGAACCAAAAUAAACUACAUAACAGUUAAGAGCCAAGUGCUUACCGACUAUUUUGACCGUGAUUAUACAAAUUCUAUCUAAUGCAAUUAAAAAAUAAUCAUGUGUUUUGUUGGCACUUUGAAAAUGUCUGAAAAUCUCAACGAUCGUGAUAUCUCCAGCGGGAUAUUUUGUGCGUUGGAGCCGUUAAAUCCUCCUGUUCGACUUGUCAGGCAUCGAUGGGGAACAAGAUUUGGUACACCAAGCAAGCAAGCAAUGAAAACGAAGACUGAAUUAUAAAAAUCAGACAUUCAUUAUGCAAUAAAAUAGUGUUCGAUUAUUAUGUGUUUGAAGUAGUUUAUCGAAAUGAGGGAGACGGGAGCGUAUGUUACAAAAAUGGAAAUGGUUGUGAAUCAUUUACAAAAUUUAGACAGAUUCAGGUGGUCAGCAAACCUAACUGAAGAAUGACUCCCCCAUGGUCUUGGGGUAAUUUAUCACCCCAUUGAACCAUGCAACGUUUGAGAACCACUUUUAAACGGUCCAGGACCCCCACAGCAUACGAAAUGAAGACUCAGAGCAGUUUAGAAGUACCUAAACAAGUCAGAUCGGCGUCAUUUGACGAAAUUCAGCUAGAAGCUAAACGCUUACAAGCCGAAAAGGGACCAGAACAAAAUGCGCUACUUAAUAUUCCACAGUUCCCCGGUCAGAGAUCCAGAAGUGUUGAUUCGGGAGGAAGCGAAGAGUCGGGCAAUUACCUCGAGGUACCUUCUAGAAAAUUUCACCGUAGAAGAUCUUCUGGAAGUAAAAGUCCUAUUUGUGUACAUUGUAUAUGUUUGGAAGAGUACAAUAGAAUGCACAGUAGCGAUAGUAGUCAAGAUGAGAAGGAAGAUGCACCACAACCUUCGUUCAGUAUGAGCGAAUCUUCGAGUGAAUGCGAAGAAGAAAUUCUAUCGAACUGUGGCAUACGAGUAACGUUAUCUCCUGAAAUACCUCCAGAACCAAUUCAAUCACCGCCUCCUGUGCCAAUGACUCCUACGCAGUCCAGGAGAAAAUCAAUUCAUCGUCAAGAAGCUUUUUUCGGGGACCCUUCUGGGGAUUCCUUAGAAAGUAUUUCAGAUGGAAUAUCUGAAGCUUUUUCCUCUGAUGGAGCAGUUUCAGAUAAAACACCAGCGGGUCUUGUCGUUAAAGAUAUCUACCUCCAAGUACCAGAUCUUAAAAGGGAUAGAGCUGCUUCAGUAGACUCUUGUUUUUCCAAAGUAUCCCAAGUUAAAACUGAGGAAUUAGAACAUUCAGGCGUAAGUUUAGAGGUACCUGUCGGGCCAAAUGUUGCCCUUCGAUCUAGAUCCGUUGAUAUUGUACUACCGACUGAUAAGCAAGCUAGGUACAAAGCUUUGGCGAUGGCCGCUCCUUGUAAUUCCGAGUAUAGAAAAUCUACGGAAGUUGGGGAACGGGUGUUGCGUAGUACGCCGGACUGGGAAGAAACUGCUAUUAAUGGAGAUCAUCUGUGGGUACCAACAUCAGUGUCUGGUGAUUUUUGUUAUGCAGGCGAUUCAGACUGUACGAAACAUGGUCCUCGAAUGAAAUGUUCGGCUUGUAACAUAAUUGCCCAUCAGAGUUGUAUAAAAGUGCUGGUUGACAAGGUCAAGUUUUCUUGUAAACCGACAUUUAAAGACGUCGGUGUGCGACAAUACAGGGAACAAACCACCAACCAACAUCAUUGGGUACAUCGUAGAUCAGAAAAAGGAAAAUGCAGAAGAUGUAGCAAGUCUUUCCAAUCGAAGUUAUCUUUCAGUUCCAAAGAAAUUGUGGCAAUCAGUUGUUCGUGGUGCAAAGCCGCCUAUCACAAUAAAGAAUCUUGCUUCAACAUUAAGCGAAUAGGGGAAGAAUGCACGUUAGGUGUUCAUUGCAAUAGUAUAGUACCUCCUUCUUGGAUAGUGAAACUGCCGAAAAAGGGGAAUUUUAAGUCGAGCUUGAGAAAAUCACCAAAAAAACGGAGUAGUGGCAAAAAAAAUAAACAUAAAGACAAGGAACAUCGAGUUUUUGCUAUAAAACCUAUCCCAUCAACGAACGUAUCUCCAGUAAUAGUUUUCAUCAAUCCCAAAUCUGGUGGCAAUCAGGGUGUGAAGCUACUUCAAAAAUUCCAAUGGCUACUCAAUCCAAGACAAGUCUUCGACCUGACACAGGGAGGUCCACGGAUGGGAUUAGAAUUGUUCAAGAAAGUGCCUAAUUUGAGAGUUUUAGCGUGUGGUGGUGACGGAACAGUUGGAUGGGUACUGAGUGUGAUAGAUCAGAUUGGAAUAUCUCCCGCUCCAGCUGUCGGUGUUUUACCUUUAGGUACUGGAAAUGAUUUAGCAAGAGCACUUGGAUGGGGAGGGGGUUACACCGACGAACCGAUCUCGAAAAUAUUAUCGAAUAUAAGCCAAAGCGAUAUAGUGAAUCUGGACAGGUGGUCUUUGGAGGUCGAGAAAAAUAAAGACGCUCCGCCGCCGGCGUCGAACGAGCCCACAGGUAAAGAAAAUCUACCUCUUAACGUCGUCAAUAAUUACUAUUCGCUAGGAGUCGAUGCUCAUAUUGCGUUGGAAUUUCACGAAGCUAGAGAGGCUCAUCCCGAAAAAUUUAAUUCUAGAUUGAGGAAUAAAAUGUUUUACGGACAAAUGGGCGGUAAGGAUUUGUUGAAGAGGAAGUGGAAAGAUCUCGCAGAUUUCGUGGUCUUAGAAUGUGAUGGACAAAACAUAACACACAAACUAAAGGAAUUGAGAGUACACGCUAUUGUUUUUCUGAACAUUUCCAGUUAUGGAGGGGGCACACAUCCAUGGAAUAGGUCAAUGGGCACCAGCGAACCAAGUACUGACGAUGGAUUGAUAGAAGUAAUUGGUUUAACUACAUAUCAGCUGCCUCUUCUUCAAGCUGGUGGUCAUGGUACAUGUAUAACUCAAUGCCGUUCUGCAAAAAUUACAACUUCUAAAACAAUUCCGAUGCAAGUUGAUGGAGAAGCAUGUAAAUUAGGCCCUUCUAUUAUCACCAUCAGUCAUUUGAAUAAAGCUCCCAUGCUAGCUAAAAGAAAACAUGGUAAUCCUAUUCCAAUACAAACUGCGUUGGACAAUCUUAAUGUUGGUGUAAAUAAAUUAACAAUGUCUGAUUACGAACAACAUCAUUACGAUAAGGACCUUUUAGCCCAAGCAGCAAUAAGUAUAGGUAAAAUUGAAGUGAAUCCUGUAUCGGAUUUGGAACAAGUCCGGGCCAUCAUCAAUAAGAUGUUAGACGAACAUAACGAUAAGCAGAUGAUGUCUUCAGAUUGGUGCUUUAUCGAUUCAUGUACAGCCGAACGAUUUUUCCGAAUCGAUAAAGCACAGGAAAGUCUGCAUUACGUUUUUGAUAUUUGUAGUGAAAACCUGUACAUACUCGAAUGCGGUGAUGAAACAGUCCCACCUACGCCUGAAGACGAAACUGCUAAUCCAUCGCCAACAUCAAAUCAUCAAACUCCUUACAACAUUCCAGAAAUGCGAAUUAGCAAAGAAGACGAUCUUGAUUCUCCCAGCGAUCAACCGCCUCUUUCGCCAAAAAAUACGGAAGACUCCCAAGAAGACUUCCCGAAUAGUCCAGUAGAAAAUUUUCCUAUAGACAAUCAACAGUUGGCGAGAGUUUCCUCAGAUGCCAGUGUGAAAAUAAGAAGCAUCACUGAGAGAUUGUUUGGUUUGAAUCAAGAUUCGUACAAUGCUUAUAGCUACUUGGGAGAAAAACCAAAUGAGAAUUUGAUCAUUGCUGCCAAAAAGGGUGAUCUACGAACGAUUAGACAAUUACACAACCAAGGCUAUUCAUUACUGACAAAAGACGCAGCUGGACAAACGAUGCUUCAUCAUGCUGCACGCUAUGGCCACAAAGAUGUCGUCAAAUACCUCACCAGAUAUGCUGCAUCAAUUAUAAACGAGAGAGAUUCUAUUCUAUCACAAACAGCUCUCCAUAAAGCGGUUGCCUACAAGUGGCCCAACAUUUGUUGCAUUUUAAUAGCUUGCGGAGCUGAUUUGGAGAUCAAAGAUCAUCGAGGGCUCACUCCAAGACUUUUAGCAUUACAAAAUAAUGACCAUGAAUUGGUGGCAUAUUUAGAAAGUCAGCAGCAGUUUCAAUUGGUUUCUUCUGAUUUGGGAACAAUCGUAUAGGAUGGAAAAUAUCCUUAAAAACAUUUCUUAUGGCCCUUCAGGCAUCAAAGCAAUUUACUUUUUUCCUAAAAUGCCUUACUAUAUAUGUUUAAUUGGAAUUAAAACACAGAGGGACCCAUAUCUACAAUGUUGUAAUUUCAUUCUUUAUUAUAUUUCAAAAUGGUCUUCUCUGUGAAAAUUCUUGGUAUGCCUUGAAAGAUUCAAAAUAUUUGAAGAUAAGUUAUUGGAAAUGAAUUGGUCUAAUUUUUCAAUCAAGUGAUAAAAAAGAAGUGACGUAAAGUUUGGAGACUUUUCUCCAGUUCUCAGCGAAUAAUUGAUUUUCCUACAAAAUUUUUGUGAUAGUUUUCGAAAUUAUGAGAUUUAAACUUAUUCAUUCCAAUUUCAGCCUUCUAGUUUGACUAAACAUAGAAAAUUGAAUGUUACAUUUUUGAAUCACAGAAAUUCAUCAAAAUUUUCUGAAAAUCAAUUUUGGAUUGAUCAUUUAUGAUACAACAUAACAAUUUUCCAGCAUUGGUUCCAAAAAUGAUAUGUAAUAUCUACAGAAAAUCCUACUUUUCUCAUACGUCCUAUAAAAACUGUCCAAAUUGAAUUUUGAAGUAAAACUGUAAUUACAUUUUAAGAUAAUUCUCUGUUUCCCUGGAUCAACUAGGAAGUUGGGGCCAAUAAAGUAAUGGGUGUAGGAUAUAAAAACUUUAUUCACUAAUAAAAAUAACAUUUUGAAUCUUUCCGGUAGAGCUUGUUGUAUAUAUGUAGGAAAUAAGGUCCAUUUUAUUCUUAGAGCAUGUACGUGACAUCACGUAUUUUUUACCCACUACAUUUAUUAAAAACAUUGUGAUAAUUCUAUUUAGAAACUUCUAACUUAACAUUUGUGUUAUUCAUUUCAUAUUAUAUCAAUUUGGAGCAAACAAAUUAAUAACUUCAACAAAACUCUACUCUAAAAAGUUCAUAAAUGUUUUUUAUGAAUAUUUUAAUGUCGAAUCCUAUUCUAUAAAUAUGAUGAUUCAAACUUAAUAGAUUAAACAUAAUUCUUACUAUUAUAAAAUUUAAAAACUAUACAAGGUCAAGUGCGUGGAAUUUAGAGAAAGUCAACCAGACCUGUCGUACGAAUCUGGUCGUUUAUUUAACAUAAUUCAGUAACUAAAUAUACUUGUAACUAUUACAAAGAUAAGUCAAAUUGUUUUUAAUUUAUAUCAAUAUGUCUAAACACGCUUUUCUAGUAGAUAAAAGAGAAGCUCCUUGAAUAAAUUUUGUUGAGAAACUACAAAUAAAACGAUGAAAAUGCGUCUGAAAAUACAAUGAAAACGAAAUUUAUGAUAGAGAAGAAAAUGUUAAAGUUAAUAAAUACAAAGAAAUGGGUGAAAAUGAGACUGAACAGUUGAGGUUUAGCUUACAAUGACGAGAAAUCAACUUUUAACUGCUGGUCUAAAAAUUCGGAGUUUUCACAAAUCAAUCAAAGCUGAACUGAGCUGAUAGUGUCGCCAUAUGGCCAAGUCUUCAAUUUUUGAAAAAUCAUUGUUUUCAUUGUAUUCUAUACUUUACUAAUAUUCCUAAGCAUUGGCAAAGAGAAAUCAUAGCAAAACCGUUUUAGUGAUUAGAUCAGAUAAAUCGACCACAUCCACUUGCCAGUUCUUUUCAAAAGAUACAGUACCUGCAAAUUUGACAAAGAAGAAGCAGAGGAAUCCAAUAGAAUGUAAAAGCAAUCAGGAGCAAGUUUUGAGGUAUAUAUACAACGAGUUACUCGUAUUGACUUUUUCCCAUUCCUGAUCAUUCAUUCCUCCUUCUUGACAAGGAUUUUACACAAAUUUAAAAUAAGUUAAUCCCAGUUUUUAAUAUGUAUAUGUAUACAAAAUUAUAUUUGAAAUUUCUUAGGUGGUCGAUAAACAAUCUUAUAGUGUAGUCUCUAAAGCUAAAAAAAGGGAUCAGCUUCGAAAUAAAAUUGAAUAAGUUAAAAGUUUGUAUAAACCCCAGUUCAAGCUCAGCUCUUUCUUUUUGUUUGUUUAUUUUUUAUCACCUGACCCUUUUUUAUCAUAACCGAGAGCAGAUAUGCUGUCAACAUCUCCGAGACGACGUCGGAGAGUCAGAGAACAUUUAUUCUCCCCGUAUUUUUCAUUAACUUGUAGUAGAAUAUAAAUUUUAUUUUCAAUAAUUUCUGAUAACUUAGAGAGAUCAAUAUCAUGUUGGUAGCAAAGCGUGAAAUGAAAAAUAUCGAUACGUAUAAAAUAAUAUUGAAUCUCGAAUUUUUGUUAAUGAAUUAAAGCAAAAUUUCAACCGUUUUUCUCAAUUAUGUAUCCUGGUAUAGAAUUAAAAUCGUUAUAGUUAUUAUAAUAUAAUAUUCUUAUUACCAUUUACAAUAGGGUCCUUGCAGUGACUGUCCUGCCUUCUCUUAUCCCAGUCCAUUCUCUAAUAUUCUUCAACAGGCUUGUUUCCUUUCCAAUUCCUCUACUACCUUCAACUUAUCCCAUCAUAAUCAAAUGGAGGAUAUUAAUUUAAUGCUAUCCACCAACUCACGAACUGCAUUUGCUCUGUUAAGGACUGCAUCGUUUGUUUGCAUAGCUGUCCACGGUAUCUUGAGGAUACGUCUAUAUAACCACAUUUCAAAAGCCUCUAAACGAUUAAUGGUAAAAAUUUAUAAAGUCCAUGCCUUGGCCCCAUAUAAGAGAAUUUGAUUAUCCGGUUCCGGAUUUGAAAUUUUAAAUUAUCAUUAGAGAAGAGUGAUGUGAUCUCAUUUUGAAAAAUAUUGUACGAGCUACCUCAAUUCUACAUUUAGAUCCAGUUGUUCAGUAAUGUAGCAACCAAGAUAUUUGAAACUGAACACUCUUUGAAUCGUUUGUCCGUUCCACUCCGUCAAAGGCGUUCAAAAGACAUUGCAGUCCAUGCAAGUCGUCACACAGUACAACUAUAUCGUCUGAUUGUAUUCAUAAGUUUACCGUUAAUUUUUACUCCAUAUAAUAUAUUGUGUUGAAGAUCUUAUCUUCAACAUUAUUCAUCAAUUCAACAUCAAUUAUUUUGCAUUCUUCUGUCGAUUUUUCGUUGAUUUUUAUCGCCAAUAUAAUUUUUGGAUGAUUCUUACGUCGGAACUAUCAAUGGAUUUCUUAUUACUUCUAAAAUGGGCGAUGAUGAAGAAACUUUUAAAAUAUUUAAUGUUUUUACAACUUUUAAACAGUCAGCUGAAGUUGAGGCACCAAGGAAUUCUUCGAUAAUGUCGGAUUUUUGUCGUUUUAAUGCCAACGGACGAGGUGUUUCACGAAACGCCCUUUUCCGGUCUUUCUAGCAAUCAAAUUUGGUUGGAAAAGUAGUUUUUUUUGCUUUGUGUUAGUUUCCACAUCAUAUAAUGUUCCAAAUCUGUUUCAAGCUACAGUAAAAAAUAACAAUAAGUUGACAUUUUUUAAAUUCCAAUAGAUGAAAAUUACAUUGAAAUGGUUUUCACAAUCAUAUACUGGGCUGCCAAGUUUGACGCUCGCAUAAUCCCUUCUUAUAGCUUGAAACUAUAGUUUUCGUCGUUUUUCCUCUCGAGGGACUUGCACACAACCUUUAUUUGGUGUUUCAUACUAGUUUUUGUACAUUCUGAUACAAUGCACCAACGAUACGUCAACUUAUAUUCUACAAAAUUGAAUACUCGCAGCCGUGCAAGUGUUUUUUAAAAGAAUCCCAACAACUCUGUUUAAACUGUAUUUACUUCUAACCUCACUUAAGUUUGUUUACUUACUUUCUACGUCACAGAACGUCACACUCAGUCAUGUGAUAACAAAUGCAUUUAGGCGCGUCCUUCAGGUAGUUAAAUUUAUUUAUUUUUUUUAUGAACUAAUUUACCGUUUGAAAAAAAUUAAAAAAAUAGUGUGUGAUUAAGAAUGAUAUAUUAAACGUAGUUACGAUAUGAAAAAAAAGUAUGCAAGGACCUUAUUUGUCAUAUGGUUUACUAGGAAACUUUGUUCAAGCAACUGCCUGCCACAGAACAUACCCUAAGAAGAAAUGCUAGCUCAGUUGUUAUUCAAUGGCGGGUUUUCGAUGCUAGUGCCUUCGAUGGUAGGUGGCAGAACUAAUUCAUUUUCGCGGCUCUUUUAAAUUUACAAUAUUUCCAUCCAGUUCCGUUUUUGCAAUUGGCUGAAUUCACGAUAAAGAACAACUUAGAGCUGGUACACGUUUAUUUACAAAAUAAUAUUUACAUAAAUUUUCACCUAAACCAACGCAAAUUGGUAGUCGUAGAACACACAUCAGAAAAGCGUUUGGGAAAUUUAAACAUAUUAUUUAUCUUGACAAUUGACAUUGACAGUAAUGACAGAUUUUUAUUACACGAGCGCCAUGAUUCAUAAGGUGUUGUGUUGCUGAAAUUUAAAUGCGAAAGUCGACUUUCUUAUUGGGUAUGUUCUGUGCUUCCUGGACCUGUCGCUCACGUUUAGUUGUUGUCGCGUCCUAGUCACGUUGCAAAUACAAUUGCUGAUGAAGGACUUCCAUCACCAAAUGCGCUUUACGACCCAAUACUUCAUGGUUGAGUAAACCUUGAAAUCAUAGUAGAUCAUAUUAAACUACAAUAGAGACCACGUCUUGUUUAAGCCACUCUUAAACAUCGUGGCUACCCUCAUGUGGUUAUACUGUCUCUAUAAAGCCACUGUAGUCAGAGUUAACCACUGAAAGAAGAAUAUAGAGUAACUCUCGUAUAAAAGAAGCACAUUAUCUUGUAUAACUGUGUAAUUUUCAUCUGAAUUUUUAAACAAUAAGAUGUCUUUAGCUCGAAUGUGACACGCUACGUAAUUGAAAAUCGUGUUUAGACGUGGUGAACAAAAAAAACCUGCUUGAUUAUCUGUAGUUAUGAAACCAGUUUGAUAAAUAUGAAAUGUGCAAUGCAACAAUUUUAUAGUAAGUAAAAAAAAUCUAUAAAUCUUUCCAUAUUAUACCUAUUGCACAGAAAAAUUAUAUCUAUGUAAACUAAAAGUAAAGUUUAAGUGCUUAGCUAUACAUUAACAAUUGAAUCAGUCUACCACAACUUGUCCACUUUUGGAUAUAACAGAGGGUCCAACAACUCCAAGUAUAUUAUAUUAUAGUCAUAUUCUCCCAAUUAUUUUAUCAAAAAACAUCUAUGAAAUAAAAAAAUUGACGACACUGAAGGGUUAAAAAGUGUACUGCCCUUCACAAAAAAAUAGAGAUGUCUAAUUUCCAGCCCACCCCUUUCCGAGAUAUAACCCUUAAAGGGUGGUGACUAAAAUUCAGUUUUUAUUUUUUGAUAGUUACUGAAACGAAAAAGAAGUUACCCAAAACACCUCCAUUUCACAAUGAAUCACAUGAUAUCAUCAACUAAAACACUUAUUUUUUGCCUUCACCCCCUCAACAUCUGAAUCAUCAUGCAACUUAGUUGCGAUUGGUCACUAAUAUGUUAAACAACUUUGUAAGAAAGCUAUUGGGGUGUUUUAAAUGCGUUAUUCCUCUUCCAUUUUUUGAUCGUUGAUAACUUCUUGGUGUUUAUCUACCUCAACAUCAAAAGCGUUCCUAAAGUCUGUAGAAGAAGGUAAACGCUUGAUGUGACGAUACCUACAUGAAGACUGUUUAUGUACUGGCAACAUGUGAGGUAUAAAAUAGUAUUUAGAAUGGUUUGAAGUUAUUGAAUGAAGUACCGCCCCACUACUUUAUAAUUAUGUUGAUCUGUUACCACUUAUUGUCACAACAUACUAUGAAUCUAAGCUCGUAGCUCGUGUUCGACUAUAUACUGUCUGCAUGCAAAUAAUCAUUCCUUGCUAAAGGAAUAAACUGAUUUCUUACUUCUAAUCCCCGAUCUUUUCGAUUUGUGAAGGCCUCUACCAAGUCUAGAGCACCUUCCACUUUAAUUCACCUUCAGUAUCUAUGGUAGCUAAGGUAGAUAACACAUAGACCUUCAGCUAGGCCCGUCGUGCCCCACUUGACGUCACCAAAGUCCUAUGUCCUUUGAGAAGCCGAACAGGCUCUUUGGCUUGAACCCUUUGAUGUCGUUAGGCAGGUUGUGGGGUUCGCCCUGCACUCGCAGAUAAAGUGGUUUGCAGUUUCGUCCUCCCCCAUGCACCAGUGGCCCUCCGGAUCAUCUGUGAUGCCCAUGGUGUGAAGGAGACGUCUUAAAUGGUAGUGGUCGGUUACUAGUCUGAUUUCGCGCCUAUUUAACUGGAUUAGUUGUUUGGUGAGAGACGAGCGGGGUCCAUCUAUAUGGGUCUUCGAUUGUCUCAUGCCAGGCGUCUCCAUCCAUCUUUAUCGAGCCUGUCGUGCGAGAAGGCUGUUGAGAGACGCACCAAGGAUGGAUUCUGAGAUUGAAGAUAGUGUUCUGAUGAAGAUUUCGGAAGUACUCAUUCGAACACAUGUUCAUCCGAAUUCGCAUCUAUAUUAAUCGCAGAGUGAGGUAUUAAAAGCGUUUUUGCGCUUGAAUCAUAGCAGAUACAUAGCAGAUUACAUGUUUACGAAUACGUUAUUCGAGAUAAAAUCACAAAAACCCAAUGGUGUUAAAUCUGGCGAGCGAGGUGUUACAGCCUUUUCAUUUAUAUCGACUGAUACUUGUCCUAGAUAUAAUUAUAUAAAAAAUAAUAGAGCGUACUUACUACGGUUCUAAAAGAAACUUUGAUCGGAGAAUCCAAAGUCAGACAAUUAUUUUUAUUUCAUAGAUUUUAAAACUUACUUGAUAGUUUAUAGAAAUUGCAAUAUGUAUAUCUUGAUAAAAAUGAAACUGUACGGAUUGUUAUUUUCACAAAAAAAUAUUGUAUUUAAAUGAACCUUAGCCUAAACUGUUCUUAUGAUUUGGAAAACAACAAUCUGAGGGUAUUUAUAUAUAAAUAUAUAUAUAAAAAAAUUAAUUGUACAUAACUUUUUCCUCUAGUUGAAAUUUUUACUCAGGCAAAAGUCAAAUGAAAGUAGUCUUAGAAAAUCUAUAUACUGCUACUGAAUAUAUUGCAAUAGUGAAAAGUUCACCAAAAUGCAAUCAAAAUCAGAUUAUCAACGGUAAUAAAAAACUGGAUAUAGUAUUUUCAUAUAUAUAUAUAUAGUUAAAAGCUAAUAUAUGUAUGUGGUAGAUAAACAUGGUGUACAAUGUGAUCUAAAAAGUUUGAACGACAACUGUAUUGAGUUGAAUGUGCUAGGUUAGUUGAGUUGCCUCCAGCUGCAAUCGUUAUUUUCGACAAAAUUAUAUUUCAACAAUAUCCAACAAUAGUUACCUCUGCUCAAGACACAAUGAAUGUUUAUAUAAGGGGGGCAAAAUCAAUACUAUCCCCCCAAUAUUAAAAUGUCAAACUUGAUACUUCAACAAUCAUCAAUAGCUUUUAAUCCACCGUUAUUUCCUUUAUUGCCUACAUUAUGUGAAGUAAUUGCUCAAAAAACAUUUCCAUCUAUUAAUAACUUACUAGGGACUUUUCAUUUAGAUGUGAGAUGGUUUGAUAGAAGCUUUGACUUCAAAUUGUUUGCUUGGAGAAAGCAAAGUUCUUUUUCUAUUCGGGGAAAGAUUUUGUUUUUGGUGGACUCAACUGCUCUUUAAUAUUAAUUAGCAUUUCAGAAACCAUUUUUCUGGUAAUACCAAAUAUACAUCUUGGUUUACAACGAACUCUGACGGCUUUCAAUUUCUAACCGCCAUCUCUAUCUUGCCAUAGCUCUUCUGUUAGUUCUCUGUCUUGCAUUUCCUUCCAGCUGUUAUGUGGUCUUUCUGUUUUCCAUUUUCCUUGGGCUAUUCACUUUAGGAUCUGUAUAGGCACUCUAUUGUCUGAUUAGCUAUUUGGUUUUGAUCUCAUUGAUUGAUAUGUGUCAUUAUCUCCUUUAAUUCUGCCAUUUUUCAUCCUUUCCCUUCUGGAUUUGUCCGCUGUUUUUAUCCAGAAGUCCAUUUGGUUCGUAAUUACCAUUUUUCCGUAGAUUACAAAGCUUUUAAGGAUUGUGAUCAGAGGAUUAGAUUCCGAGGUCCCGGUAUCCCGGACGAUUUUAUAUCCCGAAGAUUUCGGGAUUGUAAUUAACUAAUUCCAACUUUUAUAUGGAGUCACUUUUCAACCGCGAAAGCUUUGCCUUAACUAUUUUGAAAAACGCAGGAGGACUUAUCAAAUAAUUGCGCACAGAUUAAUCCUCGAAAAAUUUUGAAAAAUAGAAAAAACAAAAACAAAAUCCACGGGCAAUGUUAAAGAAUCCAUACUAUUUCAAUGAAAAUGACAGUCUUAAUGAUGUUUCUGUCGCGAAUGGCUGCAGUAGAUGAGUUUUCCAUUUAUCAUUUUUGUAACGUCAAAUGCAUGCAUGCAUCCCCCAAAUGACAUUAUUUUGCAAAAAUAUAUGAAACUGGACCAAAAAAAAUCUUGUUUGUUCCUUGAUUGCAACAAUCUCUUUACAAUGCUUGAACGCUUUAUGCUCUUAGGCCCAUUGUGAUGCCCUUGUUGACUUUUCAGUCAGCACCAUUUCAUUCCUCUUCCCUAUAUCUUCUGUUGCCAGGUCCUUGCCUUCUUUCCAAGCUUUUCCAGUUUGCAAUGAAGCCAAGUCCUUAACACCCAGCUCCGCUGCUUUUUCCAGACAUUCCAAUGUUUCACUCCCCAUGCAUUGUAGUCGUUUCGACGCCAAUGCUGUGCAGUAACACAUUAGGUGUCGGUUCUGAUACCCUGAUUCUAGAGCCUACUGUGCAGUGACCGGUAAUCACUGCUACGACCCUUCGGAUCGAGGCUUUCCCAUAGCUUAGCAAUUCUGUUGUCUCCCUCUUCUGUGGAACCGGCCACAAGGAGUCAUCUCUAUUACUCCAUUGCUUGCCGUGCUCUCCCUCUAAUGUUCUAUCUAUCGUGUCUAAUUCUUUUGAGCACCAAGGUUACAGAUGCAAUGAAAACAAAGCGCCUGAAGUGGGCCAUACAAUGGCAAUGACAAAGAUUUGGACUAAAGAUCGGUAAGAUAUUGUAAUUUAUUAAAAAAUUGAUACAUCAUUAUCAUUUUCAGUUAAAUAAAGCAAAGAAAGAUGUAUAAAGUAUCAUCCUGACUGUGCUGUCCCAGCGGUUAACAUCGCAACAAAGUGAUGAUUUGGUCAGUCAUCAGCGACAAAAGCACUGGACGUCUUUACAUCAUAAGAGAAAUAAUGAGGCAAGAUCAGUACAAAGAAGUCUUACAAAAUCGGUUGAUUUUGCGGUUCAGAGAAUGAUUUCCAAAUGGGGAAAUAUUCACUUUUAUGCAAGAUGGAGUUCCCUGUCACACUGCUCGGCUAAAGCUCUUUUGGCAAAAGAAAAUAUCCCUAUGUUAUAUUGGUUAUGUAAUAAUCCUGAAAUGAACCCAAUUAAAAAUGUGUGGGAGCUGAUGCAAAGGAAAGUGGCUGAAGAGGUGAUCACCAAUCUCCAUGUGUGGAAUCACCAUCUUCAAAUGCGCCGGAUUAAAGCUUCAAUAGGGACUGAAGGUGGCUUAGCUAAAUAUUGAUUUUAGUUACAUUAUUUUCAUUUUUCUUUUAAACCUGAUAUACAUAUGAUUUUCUUAAUUUAUGCCGUUUUAUUUUUGUUAAAUUAAUCAGUAAUUGCUUAGAAUAUAUAAAAAUUACAAAAAGAAUCAAUUUAAAACAAUUAAACGGUACAAUAUCACUCUUGGGCGUCCAAUAAUUUGGCCAGGUGCUGUAGAUUGUGCAAGGUUAGCAUAUUAUGCGAUAGAAGUUCGGCAACCUCUGCAAAAUAUCAGUAUUGCCUUAAGUAUGACCAAAUUAAAGUCUUUUUUUUUAUUUUCAGUCGAUUUAUGAACUGCGGCUACUAAAACUAUUUUGAUCACAUGCGAAAGGACAUAUAUGUGCGACACGUUCAUUUCUAGCGUAGAUAGUUGAUUGAGAAAAAAUUGGAUUUGUUAUUAUGCAGAACUGAUUAUAUCAGUGAAUCAGAACAGAUUGCAUAGAAUCAUUUUUGUUGUAUUUUGUUGACCUUCAAAGACUGAUGGUCAAAAUUUUGUGGUAUGCAUAAUAAUUUUUGGUGAGUUUUUACAUUGCUACCUAGUUUUUAUCUUUUCUCGCAUUGUUAUGGAUUUUCUCCUAAUUAAAUAGGUAUCUGAUUACCUAUGUGAUAUUAAUGUAAAUUUUAAAGCAAUGGAAUUAUCAAUUUUAAAUUCGUGCAUGUUUAAAUCAUUACACAAUUUAACAAAUAAAAGUACAUUGGUAACCCAAUUGAAACGACUGAAAACAUUUAGUUAAUGAAAGGUUAUCCAAAGGUUUUUGUUGAAUUUACCACAAAAAUUGUCCAUCUCGCGUUUAUCAAAAUUAAUAUUAUGCGUCAAUUCUUCAUGUUUACACUUUUGUUUUUUACGAUACUUCAAAGCAAAUUAUUGAAACUAAUUCAGUCGUCUUCGAAACGCAAGAUAAUAAACGAUAACAAACGCUCGCGUUCAAGCUCGCGCCGAGCUCGCGCUAUUUUAUAUUCGGCGCUCGCGUUCCAGCGACUAACCAAUGAAUACAUGAUAUCAUUUUUCUAUAAUAUUGUAGUCCUCCUCUUUGUUUUCUAUCCCUAUUUAUUGGGCGCAUUUUAAAUUGUCGAUGUCGUUUCCUUUUUUAAUUUAACCAAAGUGCCACAGAUGCACAAAGUACCAGUUUCAUGUUAAAUUGAAGCUUAAACUACCCCCUGACCGCCGGUAAUGUUUAAACCGAAGUUUUUAAGUAACCAACACCAUCUAUAAAACGUGAAAAAAACGUAAUUUAAACGGAUUUUUGAGGUUUAAACUUCACUUGUGAAAUUAGGCCUAAACUAUGUCAAGAUAAAUGAAGAUAUUUGUUGGACAGUUAUGGAACUCAUGAAGGAUCCAAAGUUUCUGGCAGCAUUAACGACGUUGAAAAAGAAGCCUAGUAGUGACCAAAAUUUUUCUUCACUAUCACAAAUAUAUGAGUAUCGUUAAAACCAUGUUAGAAGGUAUAAAAAAUGAGAUGUAAGAUGUCCUUAAAAUACACUAUUUGCAAUCACAUCUUGAUUUCUUUCCACAAAAUUUGGGAGUCGUAAUUGUUAAGCACGGUGUUUCCUCCAAGGCAUCGCGCUAUUUAAAAAAAAAAGGCUAGCAAGGCAAAUAGAAAUCUUCUAUGCUUGCCAAUUAUUGAAGGUCUAUCAUUAGAGAAACACCGGAGUCAUCCUACACUAGACAAACCAAAAUAUAUAAGCGAUCGAAUUGUUUUAAACCAUUGUAAAUACACUGGCGAGCAAAAAAUUGAAGAUAAGGAUUAGUAGGCAUUAAAGCAAAUUUUUUCCGAGACUGUUUUCCAGUUUACUUUAGAUCCGAUUGUUGUGGCAAGAAUGUUGCGCUGUUACAAGAUGGUCGGGGACAAGAAUUUUUGGUGCUAGUCUUUGUGGUGUGCAAAGGGUGCUUUCUGGAGACUGGCCUGAUCACUAGAAGACCAACCACACUAUGCGUCCAAUCAUACCAGCUUCUAACGUUGGAAGCAUUGGAUACACCAUGUGGUACCUGCUUUAGGUGGGAGACAAAGUUAAUAUUUUACUUACCAGUAAAAGUUGUUAUGCUUAAUAAUGAUGAGAAUGACAUAUACAUAGUUUAAUAUAAGGGUUGAAUGAUUGAACUUGAGAUUGAGUUAUAAACUGGCGGUAGUAAAAUUUUUUUCAUAAAGUAUGUUUGCAAUUACAGUUUCAAACAAUAUUGGUAAUUUAUGAAGAAAAAACAUUGAUUUAUUAGACGUAUAAUGAACUAUCUUCACAAAAAUAAAACAAAACUUCUUGAAAAACUAUUUUAAGCUUAUCCCGUAAGUUUAAAAAUUUUUUUUGUUAUAAAACCUCCCUCACAGGUUACUAUUAAUUAAUACUAAAGAGCGGGAAAGACUCCAGUCCAGUUAUUUUCAUAUGGGAUUUGGUUUCUUUUAGGAAUGAUACUGAUAUAGGAAAUAUUUUCCUCUGCAGGAUUGAAAUGGUUCGCACUCGCUCACAGUGUGUGCGUCCUUCUAAAAAACUUAGUUGGCUCAAAGUACUACUCGAAAUUUAUAAUAUUGAGCGGUUGGAGAAGCGUCGAUGAGGUGCUGUCUCAAUUGGAUUAUUAAGAAUGUACUUAUGUAAAAAUUCUGCACCAAUAUUUUUAAAAUAUUUUGAUGUUAUAAACUCGAAAUUCCGUAUUUUCCACUGUUAACCAAUUGUCAAAAUGUACAAUACAAUAUUAUUCUAAAAUAUAAGCAAAUUUCAAUAGGAAGAUGAUUAGACAAACCUGUAUCAUUGACUGCAUAUACAGCUAGAAGUUAAAGUAAAAUCGUGCAAUAAAGUACUCAAAAAUCCAGUCAAAUAAAUUUUAAUGAAGUAAAAUUCAUAUAAAUAUAUGUCGUUAAUAAAUUAAAGGUUGACAAAUGGUCAAAUAAAUUAAAAUUCAAUUUCUCAUAGAGGAUUUUUUUGUCCUUAAUGACACUACUGGCAAUCAAAAGUAAUAACAAGAAACGAAUUAAUUUUAAACGAAAAAAAAUCUGUGUGUACGUUCACGGAAUUGUAAAAAGCUUUUGUUUCUCAAAUAUAAAAUAAAAGAUUGGUGUGUAAAGUCAAAUUUCUUUUAUAACCUACUGAAUGUCCCAAUUGCAUGAUAUUAGGAUAUAAGGAAAGUGAUUGACUACUCUUAGGACAAUGAGAAGGUAAUAAAAAAAAAGUGACUGGGAAUUCCAUGGGUCGAGCGUGCGUCAAUCAGUGGUCGAAGGAUUGAUGUUUUAUUGAGGAAGUUGUACGGGGAAACGAUCGAAAAAUGAAAAAUAUCGUGAACAGAAUUGUACUUUUAUUAUCUUACUUAGAUACCAAGACAGCAUAGAGGCCAAAGUCAAAUCUAAAUGUUGAGAUGAAUAGUUUUGGAGUAAAUUAGAGAAAUCUUAUUUGAAAUAAACAAUCUAUGGACCCUUAACUGGAAAGUGUUGGAUACAGGAUAUUAUAUUACAAGAUCUAUUCAUUGUACGUUUGAUUUACUAUAAAAAAUAUUAUCGUUUCUUACUUUUUGAGCCACCUCUAUCAACAAUUUCUUCAAUGCCCCAAAACGGCUUCCUCUUCAAAAACCGCUGCUAGAAUUUAUUUGAAAAUGCAUGCAAGGAUCUAUGUCCAAACCCUAAGGGAUCCACUAGCGGGAGCACCAAAUUUCUUUUUAUAAUUUCUCUAUAAUCAUCAGAAAUAAUAAUAGGAUCUAUUGUUUUCUCUAUAAAUAUAUCAAAUUUUCAUAAUUUGUCUUUUUCAGUUUUGACAUGUCAAAUAUUUAUAUGGAAUGACAUAAUAAGUGUUGAAACAGGAUUAGGUGUUUUCUCAAUGAUUUUCAUGAAUUUUUUAAUACUAUAAGAUGUGGAAAUGAUUCAGUGAAAGUAUUACGAGGCAUAUUUUUUAAGUAAGUACCGUUUGGAAUUGAAAAAAGAAUCUCUGAUCUACUUUUCUACAUAAUUUCCGUGAAUAUUUUCAGAAAAAUAUUAAAUCUGGAAAAGUUCUACUUUAUGGUCCACAUUCUCGAUGAUUAAAAGUACUCUCGCAAUAAAAGAUGUUCACAAAUAUCCAAAACUCAUCAAUUUCCUGAAGAAACAAAACAAAGGGCACACUGCAAAAAUAUCAAAAACUUUAACCAGAGAAAAUAUAAUAGAAUUCUUGUUACAUUCUUAUGUCUAAAAAAUGUUGUUUACACCGCGGCUGAAAUACUACUUUGUUGGACUCGUCUGUUGCUCGCACCGUUUCGCCCGUUGCUCGCCCCGUUUCACCCGUUGCUCGCCCCGAUUCGCCCGUUGCUCGCCCCGAUUCGCCCGUUGCUCGCCUCUAUACGCCCGUCUCGCAAUUUUCAGACUCGUCUCCUAUGUUUUCCCUAUGUUUUUUUGUAUCUUUUUUUUCAAUCCUGCUUCUUCCGUAUAUUCUUCCCAUGACACAUAUCCCAGGACAAUUCUCACAUAGUUUUCGAUCUCCUUUUUUGUAAAGCGAUGUCUUGGCCCGAUUUCGAAGUAUUCGUAGUACUAAGAAUGAAAUUUUCUUCUUCUACGACCGUGCGUUUUAACCCACUUUCCCGCACGCAUUUUGAAAGUGUCACUAGUGCGGGAAGGUAAAAUUAUGCAAAUUUUAACCUUAUUAGAUAGUUUUUUACUUCUGAGAUUAUAACUAUUGUUACUACAGGAAAUUAAAUAUUUACGAAAUAGUCCAUCAAAUAAAAAUUAAACCUUUCCUAGCUUUUUGUAGCAUUUUAAUUUUUUGAAAAUAUAAAAUAAUACAGAUACUUUUUAUAUAACCAUGUAAUUGUUACUAAAACGUCAAAGUUGUUCAAAACGUCUUGGAAGUGACCGAAUAUGUGCAAUCUUCUUCUAAAUUAAACCACAUUAAACCGAAUCCGAUACAAUAAUAUUGAUGGAUUCAUCCGACGAAGAACUUCCCGAAGCAAUUUUGAAGGCUGCAAAUGAAACUAAUUCCGUGCUGUUACCUGCCAAAUGAUUUAAAACCGUUGCCGUCAUCUUCAUCUUUAUGCGACCUGCAACCGAUGCCAUCCUCAACGACGUCAUCUACCUUCCAGUUUAAACCAAAUAACUCCACUGGACCGGCAAUUCUUACUAGUCUACAGAAUAAAACAAAUUGUGUUUUCAAUAUUAAUAUUUAUAAUAAUUAGUAAUUUUUAAUUAAAGUUUUUUGUAUAUACGGUCGUAGAAAAAAUAAUGCUUCUAACUCAUGCGUAAAGUGUCUUUCUCGCACUUGACCGCUUGCCCGCAACUUCAGUGGCGUGCGGGAAAGUAUCACUUUUAGUUAGGAAAAUAACUAUUUGUUAUUAUUUCUCUCUUCAAUAUGUAUGCAAAGUCAUGAUUUUAUCAACCGAUUCUAUUAAAUGAAAUGAGAGCACUGCCAUUUUGACAAUUGGUGGGUUUAAAACAUGAAUGUAAUACACAUUUUAUCAAUAUUUAUGAGAAAAACAUCUUAUUAAUUAUUAUUCUCGAAUGAUACAAUUAGUUUUACAACACAAACUGUAAUUCAAACUUAUUUAAUGUUAAUAAAUCUAUUUAACAGUA